ACACUCACACACACACACACACACACGCACUCACUCACUCACUCAGAGAGAGAGAGAGAAAGAGAGAGAGACGCGAAGAACAUUCCGCCUUUAUUUCCUCUGUGCGACGUACCUGUCCUAGCAACAUUAAAAUAUAUCAAACAUGUUUUGUUUUUUGCAAGUGCCUUCAUGGUUAAACAAUACAUCUGUCUUAUAAAAUAUUUUCUUUCCAGAUUGUUCUUUUGUUGAUGCGUAACAUAUUUAAGAGAAUCUAUACAUUCGGCCGGUUUGUUAAAAUUGUGCCAGGCUUGACCUAAUGAAUUUUCAUAAAUACAGACGCAGAAAUACGUCCCUGCCUGUUGCCCUCGUGGAUCUUGCUUGCAGUGUGGCAAAUAGCCUUGUCACACGGGCUGACUCUGCACGUUUGCGUUUUAUCUGUGAUGCUGUGUUCUAGCAAUUUUCGACUCUUAUAUUGAUUUAGUUAAUUAUUUUUAGAAUUUUCUCGAAUCGAAUAAUUACAAUCUAGUAUCGUAGUAAUUAUUCUAUAGGUGGUUCUGAAGGAUAUCGUUAGGCUUUCUAAAGCAAAUGGUGUGAGAGAAUACGCUGAAUUUCUAAUGAUACAAAGUUUCUUGUGCAUUCCUUUCGGAAAAGUUAGUCCCUGGUUGGCAGAAUUAUAAUCCUAUAAUUGGGUUCUUUAUUAUCAAUAAUACAGAUAUGAGAGAAAGUUGAGAAAAAGAAGUAAUGCAUCACGGUAUAUCUAUUCUUUCAGGAUUUACCGACUUUUCACUCAAUGACCUGGGCGCACAGUGCAUAUGUGAUGACAGUUUUAAGGUAUAGGGGAUGAGAUUAGAUGUGCUUUUAAUUGGAGUUCUUAUGUUACAGAGUUUUGUAAAAAGUCCUGCAGUGGCCUCUACGCUUGAAGUAUGGCGAGGGCAAUACAGAGGACCAUUGGGGAGCGGCGCGCAGGUGGAGGGCGUGGCGGAGGUGCCGUGCUCGCUGACGUCCAUGGCGGUGUUCCGGAAGGCCUUCGAGGCGGGGAUCGUGCUGGAGGACGGGGACAUCCAGAAGUGUCCCGACGAGUACCACGAGGACCUCGUUCUGGACGAUCUCCUUAAGAAAGUUUUAGUAGACACGGGAGAAGAAGUGUUCAGCAGAGAGGACCGCCGCCAGCUGUUGUUCAGGCUCUUCCGCUUACUGGCAUUAGGAGGGGAGUGUUGUCAGUUUGAGGACAAUAUUUAUAACUACCUCUCUGUUACCCGGACUCUGUAUAGGGAUCUUGUCAGCCCUGAGGCGGACGGCGAGCGCGUGGUUGUGACGUCGAUCGCUGCGGAGCUCAGACUGAGGACGUCGGAGGGCGUGCGCGUGCCAGAGGAGGCCGAAGUCUCCCAGAACGUGCUCCUGCUCGUGAUCAACCCGCAGACCCGCACCCUGACCACCCUCUUGCACCAGCAUGGCGUCGGGGACAUGGAUUAACGACCUUCACACAGGGGCGUCAUUUCCCCUUUUCUUGGGGAGAAGCAAACUGAAAAUUGGAUUUUUCUAGGGGGAUGUUUAAGCUAUAAGCAGAGCUAUAUAGGUUAUAUAUUAGGCAAAUAGAAAAAAAAGACCAACAAAAAGUAAUCCAAUUUGCCCCCACCCCUUGUUCCUCCUAAUUAAUUGACGCCCUGCCUUCACAACUCUUGACGGUUUUGCUAAAGAGUGGCUUAUGCAGUUCAGUGGUUCCUAACCGUUUUCAUUCUGUGGCUCCCGACCAAUAUAUGAUAAUCUCUAUGGCCUCGUUCAGUGAUCAUUAUCUUUUCAGAUUUAGUUAUUACUAGUAAUGAAUAUUGUGGGUCAAUAUAUACAGGACAAGAUCAAUUUAUGGAAAGACUUCAAUUGAUAUACGAGUGAUGAUUAUUGUUGGUAGUAUAAUUUGUAGGAUUAAGCUUAACUCAACGUCAUUUUUUCAUAAUGCUCCAUGGCCCCCCAGAAAGUACCCUUACCCAGGGCCCCAGGUUGGGAACCUUGAUGUAGUUUAAAUUCGCUUCUCACAGUGGACGAUAAGCGGUGCGCAGGGUUUAAUAGCAAAUUUAUCCAGCAUAGCAGAAUGUUUACAUACAUCAUUGCACAU